AUGAGUUACGCUUGUGACUUGGUCCCUGCGGGCUGUGGCCAAUGCCGUAGAGCCAAACUGACCUGUCACGGGUACCGUAGUCCAGAUGAGUUGGUCUUUCGUGACGAGACUAGGAAGACGGCGCAAAAGGCAGCAGCACGCGAACGAGCCACUCGGCUACCAGCUGCACCUCAAUGGAGUUCUGAUACGUCGUCUCGGCAAGCAUUCCUAUCACUUUACGUUGGUACCUACUCACGUGGCUUCGACGCCCCCUUGCAAUCCCUCCUGGCGGAUUCUGGCCCCAACGGACACCUGCAAAUCUGUGUUAAUGCUGUGGGUCUGGCUUUCAUGGCGUUCCAAUUGAAUCGUCAAGAUUUGGUACCUCUUGCAAACAAGCAAUACCUGAAAGCAAUACAUCGGCUUGGAUUGGUGGUAGGAAGCUCGCUGCAAGCGAAUAAUGUUGUGGCCAACCAGUCACUCAGCAACGAAACCCUUCAAUCUGUACUCUUGCUGGACCUUUAUGAGAAAAUGUCCAACCAAUCUCAACAACUGUCAGGGUACCCAAGCCUUCGGCUAAGCCAUAUCCAAGGAGCGUUCUCGAUCAUUCAGUCUCGACCUAGAGACGAACUUUCGAACCCGACGAUGCAGCAGCUUGCUGGUCGAACUGUUUUUGCCCUUACAUAUAGCUGCGGUGCUGCAGGGAUUCCCAUACCGGAAGCAUUGGUAGAACUUUAUCAUCGUCUGGGUAGCCAUGUGCUGGGCUCCUCAUGGGCCUUGCUCAGACUCUACCUUCGUCUUAACAACUUUGAUGCCGCCGUGAAAGCCGGUAAGGUAGACUCAAAGGAGUGUUUAGAGCGCUUGCAAGACUUCCGUGUUGAGAUUUCUUCUGCUCAAAGCAAGAUACCCCUUUCUUGGCAGCCACACCGGAGAUAUACAAGUGACGGCUUUGUCUUUAACGGCUACUACGACAUCUAUCCCCGGCACGAUGCGCCUCAGCAUUUCAACGCACACCGUAUCCUGCGUCUUGCGGUAUGCGCCGGCCUGCACAAGUUUCAACCCAGCACAGAAAUUGCCGAGGAGAUCACACAGGUGACCAGGGAAAUAUGCGCCAGUGUUCCUCAUAUCAUCCUGCCGACAGCCAGGCCUCAAAAUACAUUUCCUCUCACGCCGAUGCAGAUACUUGAGUGCUCUGGUUCGUUGACAGCAUUAUACGCAGCUGCAAGAUUCACACAAGAUCCUGCAAUGCGCGCUUGGGUUCUUCAGACAUUGAUGUUCGCUCGAAAGUCUGAUGUCAUCGGCGUGUGGACGCUUCUGCUGUCUGCUGGCGAUAUAGUUGAUGGAGAAGUCGGCGUCUUGGCGUAUUACACUUGGAACGAUGGUAAAGCCGACCACGAUUGUCCCAAACAACCCUCCACUAAAGUUUUCCACGCCAAGCCUACCUCAAAGACACCAGGCGCUAGUAGCGGCGAGAUCGCCAGCAUUUACGGGCGCACGUAUCAGCAAUCUCAGCCUGAACACCGCUCAGACUAA